CCUACCAGUGCCCACGAGAAGGCCACGGACAGAACAGAGACUAGUUUCCGUGAGAGGGGACAGAUUAUGGGAAACAUCAUGACCUGCUGUCUACCGCACCCCCAGGAUGAGCAGAGCCCCCAGCGGAGCACCUCGGGGUACCCCCUCCAGGAGGUGGUGGAUGAUAAAGUGUCGGGACCAUCAGCCCCUGGGGUAGAUCACAGCCCCCCAGGUAGGUCCCUUUGCCGGAAAAGGAAGAAGGAUUGGUUGGAAGAAUCUGAGGAGUCGUCAGAGGAGCCACAGAAGGAACUCAAGCGACAGCGAGUGUUGCUCGUGCUCCCUGAGCACCACGAGGCCUUCAACAGGCUGCUCGAGGAUCCUGUCAUUAAAAGAUUCCUGGCCUGGGACAAAGAUCUGAGGGUGUCAGACAAGUACCUCCUGGCUAUGGUCAUAGCGUAUUUUAGGCGGGCCGGCCUCCGCUCCUGGCAGUACCAACGCAUUCAUUUCUUCCUGGCUCUCUAUCUGGCCAAUGACAUGGAGGAGGACGACGAGGCCCCCAAACAAAACAUCUUCUACUUCCUGUAUGGGAAGACCCGCUCUCACAUACCCUCGUUCCAUACACGUCCCUUGUUCCACAAGCUUCGGUUCCAGUUCUUCUGUUCCAUGCGCUGCAGGGCUUGGGUUUCCCCGGAGGAGUUGGAGGAGAUCCAGGCUUAUGACCCACAGCACUGGGUGUGGGCGCGAGAUCGCGCUCGCCUUUCCUAGAGCUCCAGGGACCGUGGAGGCCUGAGGUCAUCGGCCUGAGAGAAGAACACUGGGCCCAGGGGAGAUGUGGAUUUUCAGCAGGAACUUUAUUCCAAUGCUAAUGGCAGACACCAGGAAGGAGGAGAGGAGCCA